ACUUUUCACGAGCCAGCAACCAGUGUUCUGUACUGCACGCGCUCCGUCUAUACACACAGUGCUCGGGUCUGGGAGGGCGAGUGUGUGUGUGUGUGUGUGUGUGUGAGAGAGAGAGUGAGGGGAGGAGAGGGGGACAGAGAGAGUGUGUGAAAGAGAGAGGGGAGAAAGUGAGUGUGUGUGUGUGUGUAAGAGAGAAAGAGACAGAAAGAGAGAUGACUGCGGUGCUGGUACCGGUAGAGGAAGCGGAGCUGAUCCAUGUGGCUUUGGUCAGAACCGGUGUGGGCGCGUGUCUACGGGGCCACCUGAAGACAUCCGGGCGCACCGUCGCUCUCAAACUCCUAAACUCGGACAGGUGUUUGUCACAGAUACAGGACGCAUUGACGCAGGGUGGAGUGUGUGUGGAGCGAGUUCUGCAGCCUGUAGGUGUGUAUCGGAGUCGUUUUCUCACGGGCCUGCUGUGGGACUGGAUGCCUGGGGGAUCGCUACACUCACUGCUGUAUGAGACCCCCCUGGACCUGGACCUGCCGCUGGUCCUCCGGUUACGGAUCCUGCUGGAUGUGGCCGAGGGUUUAAACGUCCUUCACGCCGUGUCUCUGCCUCACGGUGCACUGAAGACCACCAACGUCCUGCUGGACCACCAGUACAGAGCUAAACUGUGUGAUUGGGGUCAGCAGACGUCGGUGGACGCGGGAGGCCGUGAGAACGGCCCGAGUGUGAGGGCCGAUGUGUACAGUUUUGGUGUUCUGAUGUGGGAAACUCUGAACAGACGACCGCCGUGUGAAAGUUUCGAUCAGCUGCAGAACCUCAUUUUGCGCGCCCAGGGCGGGGCAGAGCUGGGUGUGGAGGUGAAUCUGUUGCCCCCGGACGCACCACAGAGCCACGCCCUCUCUCGGAUCAUGACCCGAUGCUGGUGUUUGGAUCCAAAACAGCGUCCGCUGGCUGAAGAGUGUGUGCUGGAGCUCAGGAAGGUUCUGGAAACACUGGACCCUGGAGCUCAGUGUGCAGCGGUCCAGCUGAUAAGAUCCUGCAAGGAGAGGGCGCUGCUGAGCUGCAAACACAGUCCAGACUGGGAGCUGCCCCUGGAGCUCAACAACCUGCAGGGUCACAGUGGCUGCACGAGUCCAAAGUACGCCAUGUCCAAGUCCAUCCCAGUGACGGCGCCUUGCUGGUCCAGACACCCCGCUCGAGCGCACAGACCAGACGAGACGAUCCAGAGGGGGAGUCCGUCUGUUCCCACCCUGACGCGGGCGUCGCCCCCUACACCAUGCUGCAGGGGCGUCUCCUCACACACCCCGCCCAGUUCAUCCGGCAGUAAUCCGGGUGUGGGACGUUGUGCCGAAGUUUGGGCCGUACACCCGACCGGAGCAUCUACACCCCCGAACACACCGUGCGGCUCGCCGACAUCACCCGUACACACUCCUCUACAUCCUGCACACCAGCCCGCGUGUCCCGUGUCCUCGGGCUGGACCUGCUGUCGCCUCCUGCAGGAGAGACGCGAGGCCAUCGUGCAGUUCAUGACCGAGGGGCGACUCAACAACCUGCUGGACGUGCUGCGGGCGAGGCGGGCGGUCACGCGCGAGGAAUACGAGCUCAUCACGGCGGCCAUGACUCUGAGCGAGCGCACGCGCUGCCUCCUCGACACGUGCGCUUGUCUGGGGGAGAAAGUGGCCGUCCUGGUGGCCACCACCCUGGGCCUGGUUUCCCUCCAGACCGCAAACGGACACGCCCGCUCUCGGGUAUCUCCUAAAGGCCAGGCGGGGUGAAGUGCUGCUUCGCUCCUGAGUCGUCUGAGAAGCAUUACACACUGUUACAGAGACAGAUUUAAUGUAAAUUUAGGACGUAUGACUUGAUCAGACGAGAGCUGAUUUGAUCAUCAGGAGCUUCUGUACUGUAGAGGUGUUAAAGCCUUAUUCAUCAUCUUUUAAUGCUUUUAAGUCAACCCCGGGAUAAUAAAGAGGACGGUGGUUUAUUACAGCAUCAUCAGAGCGAUGCAUUUAAUCAGAAAAAAAUAUAUAUAUAUAUCCUGUGGACGUUUUUUCUUCAUAAGCUUUAAAUGUUUCUGUCUCUUUAUGAUCCUGUGUGUGAGUUGGGAUUGGUGAUAUUUUUCUCCGUCGUCAGGUCUCCAGUAUUAAAGCAUCGUAUGCUCGUCUGUAGGGGACGUCGUGCACGUUGCACAAACAUAAACACUUCCUCAGCUAGUGGUGGAUUUUAUCCUGCAAGUAUCUUGUAACAAGAACUUCUUUUAUUUUUAUUGUUCUGUACAGUAACAUGUUCAUGAUUGUUCUGUGUUGUGUGUGUGUGUGACAUGUGAUUAACCAGACAACAAGCCCACAAUAAACCAAGUUUAAACUGA